UUGUUAAAGAUCGCUCCGUUUUAUUUUCAGUCUUGACUCGAUUUUCAUUUUUAUUUGAAUUGUAGUCCAAAAAAAAUAUGAUUUGUUAAUUAAUUGGCGGGAAAAAAAAAAUUAAAGUUAAAAUGAUGAAAUUGAAAAUAAAAAAAAAAUUAAAAAGUCGAAACUGAGUGAUAAAAAAAUUUAGGAAGUGGAAGAUAAGAUACCGAUUUGGUGAGCGAUUGAGUUCUUUAGUAAAAUAGGGGAGUUGGUAUAUAUUUAUGUAUAUAUAUAUAUAUAAUAAUAAGUGAGAGAGUGGACGUGGGAGGGGAUGGAACGGUUGAUGAUGAUCUGGCUUUACUGGUGACUGGUGACUGGUAACUGGUGACUGGUGUGGAGCUACGGCAGUAGCUCUUGUGCAGCUGGACCAGCUGUAACGUGACAAUGCCAGUGACCGCGGGUAUGCGGGACAUUGUCGUCAGCUGAUCUAUUAAAUCUCAAUUGGAUCUGGAGAUUCCCGAGUUGGGGUUUUGUUUUAUAGAGUUCGAGCUUAGAUUGGUAGCAGGGUAAUUUUGUUGUGUUUUAAAAGUUGCCCUGAGGUUAGUUGGGGGCCGAUGUGAGUGCACAUGUGCGCGUGUGUGUUCGCGGGCGCGAAAAACGCAUUUAUAAUUAGUGGUAAGAGAUAAGUGGUGGGUUCGUUGUAACCAUGCCUGCUAGAAAAUACCGAAGGGAUACUAGUGAAGUGAGCUGUUGCCUCAAAUAUGUCAUCUUUGGAUUUAAUGUUUUGUUUUGGUGGCUGGGUCUCGGUAUAAUGGCAGUGGGAGUUUGGGCAUGGAAAGAAAAGGACACAUUCAGCAAUCUUUCCCGACUUACCAACAUCGCACUCGACCCGGCAUUUAUCCUCAUUCUAGUCGGUACAGUUACUUCUGUUAUUGGAUUUACGGGAUGUGUCGGUGCACUCAGGGAAAAUACUUGUCUUCUUGCAACAUACGCAAUAUUUUUGGGGACAUUACUGCUGGUAGAAAUGACAAUCGGAGUGCUGGGAUUUAUCUUCAAAGACUGGAUAAAAUCCCAAGCGACGGGAGGCUUUCAAGCAUUCAUAAUUCACUAUAGAGAUGAUCCUGAUCAACAAAAUCUUAUUGAUUGGAUUCAAGAAGACUGGCUUCAAUGCUGCGGCAUCGAAGGACCAAAGGACUGGGAUCGCAACAACUAUUUCAACUGCUCCUCGAGUGAGAUUGGUUCGAGUGAAGCCUGCGGUGUGCCUUUUAGUUGUUGCAAGCGGGAGGCCAACGAAAUCACUAAAAAUAAACAGUGUGGAUAUAACGUUAGGAAACCAGGAAAUCCCGGAGAGAGAAGUAUAUUUGAGCGAGGUUGCUUGAGGGCAGGCGAAGAGUGGCUAGAACUGAACCUCGUGCCCGUUGCCGGCACUAUCGUGAGCACUAUGGUGCUUCAGACUUCGGACGUUUCUAUUUUUGAAAAAGGAUGCAUACAAGCUGGCGAAGAGUGGAUGGAAAAAAAUUUACUUGUUAUUGCCACUAGCGCUAUUAUAACUGCGUUUGCUCAGAUAUUGGGAAUAUGUUUUGCGCAAAAUCUACGUGCUGACAUAUUUGCACAAAAAGCAAAGUGGCACUGACAAUCAAGAGCCCCCACGGCAGUCUAGCAUCUCAUACUCCUAGAUGCUGAUCGAUCGCGUUGAACAAACUCUCUACCAUAUAUAUAUAUAUAUAUAUAUAUAUAUAUAUAUAUAUAUACAUAUAUAUGGUUUGUGGUAUAAAGUCGCUAUUGCUACUACUAUUGCUGCUAUUAC